CUCCAGUGAGCACGACAGUUCGCUAUCGGGCCACUGAAUACCAAAUUGUAUUAUGAGGUGUCGGACGGGAAAAGUGGCAUUUUCCCGUGAAAAAAGUAUUUCUGCGUAAAAGUGUCGCGUAGAACCCAUCACCAGCAUCCCCCCACUUCAUGCAAUCACCAUGUUAACACACAAAAACAACCAAGUUGUCCGGAAGAAAAUGCAAGUGUCGUUCGUGAUACGGGACGCAGAGGAGAAGCGCCACAGAAAUGGAGUGAAUGCCCUACAGCUGGAUCCGGUGAAUGGGCGUCUGUACUCGGCGGGCCGGGAUGCCAUCAUACGUGUGUGGAACAGCACACAAACGGGAUCGCAGGAGCCGUACAUCCAGAGCAUGGAGCAUCACAACGACUGGGUGAAUGAUAUUGUGCUGUGCUGCGGCGGACGCCACCUGAUCAGUGCCAGCUGUGAUACGACGGUGAAGGUGUGGAAUGCCCAUCGCGGCUUCUGCAUGUCCACGCUCAAGACGCACCGUGACUACGUGCAGGCACUGGCGUACGCUAAGGACCGCGAGCAGGUGGCGAGCGCCGGCCUGGACAAGGCUAUCUACUUGUGGGAUGUGAACACACUGACGGCGCUCACGGCCAGCAACAACACCGUGACGACGUCCAGUCUGCCCGGUAGUCGCGAUAGUAUCUACAGUCUGGCCAUGAACCAGUCCGGGACGGUGAUCGUGAGCGGGUCGCCGGAGAACACGCUACGCGUGUGGGACCCGCGCACCUGCAAUCGCCUCAUGAAGCUCAAGGGACACACGGAGAACGUGAAGGCACUGGUGGUGUCACCGGACGGAAAGGAAGUGGUGUCCGGCAGCUCAGACGGCACCAUAAAGCUGUGGAAUCUGGGCGAGCAGCGCUGCAUUCAGACACUCCAUGUACAUUCCGAGGGCGUGUGGGCGCUCCUCACCACCGACACCUUCUCGCAUGUCAUAUCAGGGAGUCGUGAUAAGAAAGUGAUCAUGACGGAACUGCGCAACCCCAGCAAUAGUGUGCUGGUGUGCGAGGAGCGCGCCCCAGUGCUUAGUCUCUGCUACAAUGUGGAUCAAACGGGCGUCUGGACGACCACUUGGAACUCUGACAUCCGGUGCUGGCGUCUACCGCGUGCGCAUCAGGACAAAUACGUCCACACCAACGAUUCCACAGCGCUAACGAACGGCGGCACGCCGCCGGCAAGAGCCACCGAGACGACGUGCAUUCGCGGCGGGGCGGCAAUAAAGAAGUACGCCGUGCUGAAUGACAAGCGUCACAUCUUAACGCGAGAUACAGAACAAAGCGUGGCACUCUAUGAUGUCCUGAAGGUGACGAAAGUCGAAGAUUUGGGCUCUGUGGAUUUCGAUGAGGAGUUGAACAGGCGAAACCAGAGGAUUUACAUCCCCAAUUGGUUCACGGUGGACUUGAAAACGGGCAUGCCGACGAUUGUUCUGGGACAGGAUGAGGUGGAUUGCUUCGCUGCAUGGGUGGCAGCGGAAUCUGGAUUGCCUGAGCAUGUUGAAGCGGGCUCCGAAGUCAAGGUGAACUACGGAAGUCUUCUCUUGCAAGCAUUGCUGGAAGCCUGGACGCCGCCACAUAGCGCUCCGGCCAGCGAUUUGGACAACGAAAUUAAGGGGAAUGGAUACUUUUCCGUGCCGAAACACACGCCGCUCAUUUUCAGCGAAGUGGGCGGACGCACGGUAUGCCGAUUGCUGGUCAGAGAUGCUGCUGGUGAGAGCGAAAGCGCGCUGUUGCAUGAAACGGUGCCGUCGUGGGUCACGGAUGUGGUAAUCGAGCGAAAUAUGCCGAAGUUCAUCAAGAUUCCCUUCUAUCUGCUACCUCAUCCACUCAUGGUGAAGCAGGAUCGCAUGAAAAAGGAGCGUCUCAUUGCCAAUGAAUUCAUACCGUGCCGAAAACUGUGUGAACACGUUCUGGAGAAGGUGCUUGGCACCGAAGUGACACCGGGCAUUAGCAAUGCGUCCAACUCAUCCCAAAAUAGCCAAAGUGAUGCCAAUUCUGAGGGAUCACAGAUCCCGCCAGAGGAUCGUCUCGAGUUGCUUUGCAAUGAUAUUGUUCUAGAUCCCAAUAUGGACUUGAGGACGGUGAGACACUUAAUCUGGAAGCAAUCGGCUGACUUGACCUUCCACUACAAGACAAAGCCCUUCACCUGAGCUGAAACCGACUGUCCCCAAAAGCCACGCCAGUGAGGAUGAAAAUGAUAAGAUAUGCUUUGUGGGAAGAAGAGAUUGUCAUUUAUUCUACAAUAUUUAGAGAA